AUGGCGGUUUUCUGGAGGCUGAGUGUCAGUUGCGGUGCCAAAGGAGCCCGAGCUCUGUUCCUCCGGACCCCAGUAGUCAGACCUGCUCAUGUCUCAGCAUUUCUCCAGGACCGAUCUACCCCAGGAGUGCAGCACAUUCACCUGUCCCCCAGCCACCGUUCUGGUGGCAAGGCUGCAUCUCUUCACUGGAGUGGUGAGAGGGUUGUCAGUGUUUUGCUCCUGGGCCUGCUCCCAGCUGCUUAUUUGAACCCUUGCUCUGCGAUGGACUAUUCCCUGGCUGCAGCCCUCACUCUCCAUAGUAACUGGGGCCUUGGACAAGUUGUUACUGACUAUGUCCAUGGGGAUACAUCACAGAAAGCAGCCAAGGCAGGCCUCUUGGUACUCUCUGCUUUAACCUUUGCUGGUCUUUGUUAUUUUAACUAUCAUGAUGUAGGUAUCUGCAAAGCUGUUGCUAUGCUGUGGAAGCUCUAA